GACAAGGUUUCUGACGCUGAGGACAAGGUUUCUGACGCUGAGGACAAGGUUUCUGACGCUGAGGACAAGGUUCCUGUAGCUGAAGACAAGUUUUGUGACGCUGAGGACAAGGUUUGUGACGCUGAGGACAAGGGUACUGACGCUGAGGACAAGGCCGUUCUGACGCUGAUGACAAGGUUUCUGACGCUAAGGACAAGGUUGAUGACGUUGAAGACAAGGGGCCUGACGCUGAGGACAAGGUUUCUGACGCUGAGGUCAAGGUUCCUGACACUGGGGACAAGGUUCCAGUAGAUGAGGACAAGGUUCAUGACGCUGAUCACAAGGUUCCUGAGGCUGAUUCCAAGCUUCCUGACUCUGGGGACAAGGUUGCUGACGCUGAGGGCAACGUUCCUGACGCUGAGGACAAAGUUCCUGACGCUGUUGUCAAGAUCCUUGACGCUGAGAAUAGGGUUCCUGUCGCUGAGGGCAAGGUUUACGACGCUAACGCAAGGUUCCUGACGCUGAGGACAAGGUUCUUCACGCUGAGGACAAGGUUCCUGACACUGAAGACAAG